AUGUCAGCGCCCGACUAUCGCUACUUGCAAGCGUGGGCUCGACCCUCGGCGUCAAGGCCCGCUUCAUCAUCCAGCUCACGCCGCACCUAUGACUGCGGCGAUUCUUCCGAGGUCCUCCUUCCAACAACGAACGGAGACACAGCUACACCGGCCGCUCAGCUCGAAAGCAAGGAGGCUACACAACAGUCUGCUUAUCAGAUUAGGCUCGACACUCCUGGCGGUAUAUCGUAUGCUCCCGAUGAUCUGGCACAGCACAACUCAUCCAAGCGUCUGUUCAUCCCAGACCGCAGCGCGAACGAAUAUGACUUUGCUCGCGAGAUUGAAGCCAAGUCGAACAAGGCUUCUGCGACCACAAUGCCGCAGCCAGAGCUUGAUGAGCUAGGACGUACUCAGGUGCAAGCGUACAAGGAAAGCGUCGAACAGACGGAAACCGACUCGACAACCAUGAACAAUGAUCAAGGCCAUGUCAAGCCGUUCGACAUUCCCACAACCUCUGUUGCAGCGAACGAGCAGGACCAAGGUUUGACUCCACGACAAGGAGGGCAAGAUGCGGCUUCGAUCAUGACGAAUGCAACGACCGCUACAGUACAGUCCAAGAUGACAACACUCACCCUGACCGCCGAGCGAACUCAGACCAUCCCAAAGAAUGUAUCAGCGAACGCAGUCACCACGCCCUUCCGUCCUCUUCCGUCCAUCAGCGGCGAUGCGGCUCACUCAUGUACACCAUGGGCUGCUGCCAGCGAUUGGACAUCGCAUCAUGUACUAGAUCGACCCACAGACAAGGAGAAGAAGCUCGGCAUUACGCAGUUCGAAGAGGCAACGGAAGGCCGAGUGCCCUCAGGCUACGAAGCAAGCCUCUUCCCUUCGUCAGACACACAGUCAGACGCAGCGACAAUCAAGACUCUUCGGCCAGGCGAGCUGCGCGUCGAAGACCUGUUCGUUCCAGAUCCUCGACCAUGGCGACCACUACGCUACGUGCGUAAGAUCGACCCUCGACAACUGCUGAUACUCUGUGCUGGUGCUGCUCUGACCCCAGGACAAGUCGCAGCAAUCAAGGUUGGUAGCGAUGCGAGCUCUGUCUUCACUACCGAGACCACCACAACUAGGCGUGGUCCAUCAGAUGCGGCAUCUAUCUCCAGCUCCGUGUCCACCGAUUUCUCCGUUGAAGCAACCAGGAAAGCCAUGUUUGCUGCGGGCAAGUUGCCGGACUACAAGUUGCUUGAAGCUCAACUCAAGUCUUCUUCCUCACUAUCUCCAGGCUCUGCAUCAAUAUCGUUGCCUGAAGGCGAGAAGAAGCGUGCUGGUCUAGGUUUCGUCUUCUGUCCAACGCACGACCCUCGUGCACGACAACCAGCUUAUAAGCGGUCAGCCGAGAUCACUGUCGAGCAGAACUUUUCACGCAGACUUGAAAAGCCGCCUGAGUUCUGUCACUCGGCUGUCCGUCGUGCAGCAGUUCGCUCAGUACUUGCGGCAUUGGAGUUCACAAAGUGGGAAGCGGAAGGAUUUGAUAAGAUUGUCAUCGCAACGCAUCACGGUUGGCUGGUAGAUGGAAUCAGCAGGUGGAUUUGGAAUUGGAGGCAUAACAAGUGGCGAAUCAUGACCGAGUCGCCAUUGGGUACAUUUGGCGAGCAGGUACCGGACAGAGACCUAUGGGAGCUCCUGGAUAGAGCCGUCAAAGGGUACGAGGAGAUUGAUUGUACGGUUAGAUUUUGGAAGGUCAGCAAGGACCAGAACAGUGAUGCUGUUCAGCUGGCUCAAGAGGGAGCAUGCAAGGACAAUCAACAGCCAGGAACGGUCCGGUGGACGAAGAAAAAGACUCCCAGUAGCACGUGA